GCUGAUGUCCAGACACUCGUCUUCCGCAUCGAUGGCAAUGAGUUGAGACAAUUGGCCGACAGGUGUGUCCACAAAUAUUGUCCGCAUUUCUAUCCCCAGAAUGUGCGACAGUCCACAGACACCUACAAGAGGUGGAAGUGGAGGAACUUCUUGAUCUCAUUCAUCCACUCAAACAUCACCGGAUUUGGGUCUCUGUUCUGCUGCAUAUACCAGCCCUCACUUCUGGUCGAAGUGAUCGACUCCUAUCUGGAAGCCGCUUAUAUCCUCACCUCUAUAUCUCAUGGUUAUUUUAUAUACGAUUUGAUCGAAAUGUUAACUCAUAUGACAUACAAGGGGUCCAAGGAAUUGGUUGUGCACCACAUUCUGAUAAUCUCGUGUUUCUCAUUGACGGUCACUCAACACAAAUACUGCGGCUAUAGUAGUAUCGCACUACUCAUCGAAUUGAGUAAUAUAUUCCUCCACUUUCGACAACUGCUGCUAAUCUCGAAUACACCGAAAACGGCGAAACUCUAUCGAAUCAAUUGCUAUACAAAUUUUGGGAUGUUUAUUGUGGUUCGGGGCGUAUGCCUGAUAUGGCUGUGGGCGACCCUAUUGUGGGUACUGCCGAGAGUGCCAUUCGUUGCCAAAACCAUAGCGUUUGUCUCGUUGAUCGGCAUCUGUACCAUGACGUACGUGCUGUUUAUCAGGGUAUAUAAGUCGGACUUUGGGAACACCGGUCAACAAACUGAUGUAUCAAUUACUGAACAACUAGUCGGCGCCCAAACACCGCCGACAACUCCCGAACAAACCAAUGGAUUCACGGCUACCGCUAAGGAUAAUGCUAUCCAUUCAAAGCAUUCCUAG